AAGAAUGCAGAGAAGGUUUCACACGAACAGGGAGCACGCGAGCCGUCUAUAAGUACCGCCGCGGCGUGUGUCAGCUGCAGAUGCAGAGAGUCGGCCCCGCGCGCAGCAAACGCACGCUCACUGUACUCAGAUGACAGCUCAGUGAUAACAAGCGACAGAAAGCGAAGUGAUCGGCGGGACUGCCCAGGCAUCUAUUACAUGUUCUGCAGCGGCCCUACUUGAAGCGUUGAGACAUCUCCAGAUUUUUGUCCUCAGCUUUUUCAUUCUUCGCUCCGAAGAGGAUUUAUUUCUUUCAACUUUUUACCUGUUUUCGCCAAAAAUGCCAGCUGACACUAUGGAAAAGCAGACGGCAUCUCCUAUCGCUGGUGCGCCUGCAAAUGGAUCACACACACCGGACAAACCGAAAAACGCGAGCGAGCAUAGAAAAUCAUCCAAACCAAUCAUGGAAAAACGCCGAAGAGCGAGAAUUAAUGAAAGCCUCGGUCAGCUCAAGACUCUCAUCCUGGACGCACUUAAAAAAGAUAGCUCCAGACACUCAAAGCUUGAAAAAGCAGACAUCCUAGAGAUGACAGUGAAGCACCUGAGGAACCUGCAGCGCGUUCAGAUGAGCGCAGCGCUCUCAGCAGACGUCACCGUCCUCAGCAAAUACAGAGCUGGAUUCAACGAGUGCAUGAACGAGGUGACCCGAUUCCUCUCCACCUCAGAGGGUGUGAACACAGAGGUGAGGUCCAGGCUCCUCAACCACCUGUCCAGCUGCAUGGGCCAGAUGAUGUCCAUGAACUACCAGCAGCAGGCCGCGUCUCAACAGGCUCACCUUGCUCAGCCCCUCCACGUGCAGCUCCCCUCCACCCUGCCCAUCAGCGGCCCCACUAUGGGCUCCAAACUCAGUCCAGCAGAGGCCGUCUCCCCGAAGGUCUUUGGUGGGUUCCAGCUGGUGCCCGCAACAGACGGACAGUUCGCUUUUCUGAUCCCCAACCCGGCCUUUGCCUCCGCCACAGCCCCCGUCAUCCCCCUUUACGCAAACGCAGGAGUGCCUGUUGCGCUGAACGCCAGCCCGGUGCACGGCAGCUCCGCGCCAACAGCAGCAUCUCCAGUCCACGGCAUGACGUCCUUUUCCGGGGGAUCCCAAGCGGUCAGCCCGGUCGGGGUCAGCACCGGCUCAGAGAGCAGCGAGCCUGUGUGGCGGCCUUGGUAGCCAUGGAUUAGAGACGCAUGUGAAUCCAGUUUGCAUUACUUUUAGACAUUUAACUGACUGCACAAACAACUGUUUAUGGGGCUAAACCUGGAACUGUCCCGCUAUGGGACGGUAACUCCAACCACUUAAAGCCCCCAUAGUUUUCGUUGUUUCGUUUUAUGAAACAGGGUUUGCCUUACAUGGCAUAUUGUUUAUUAUUUAUCACCAGAUUCCAACAUUUGGAUGUCGGUGAUAAAUGCUGUACAUGCAGAUGGAAGAUUUAUAGGAGAUUUUUGUUACGAAGUACUUUUUAUGAAAAGGUUUAGUUUUGUACAGAGUUGCUAUUGAUUGUUAAACCAAAGCUGUGUUUUAUAUUCUCUGUUGUUUGUGUUGAAAAGAAAAAAGUGAAGUUGGGUGAUGGCCCAUUGUUUUAAUAAAACAAAUUUCAGAAAAUAA